AAGUUGUAGCAUUCGUUAGGAAAGUAACUAUUCCCGCAGCAUUCAUGAAGGAACCAGAGAAUGUUUUUGUGAAAUCUACUGGAUUAUCACCAUCGACGACCUGUUGCUGUGAACUGUUAAUCAACAUUUUAUUUUUCUUAUUUGUAUGGAAUAUAAAUGGAUCCUGCUUUUGCGUAUGGUCGUCAUUACUUGCCAACUCUUUGAAUAAAUAUUGCAACAAUAGUGAAGAUCGAACAAGUCAUAUCAGAAUGAUAGUGUUCGGAUUUUGUGGUAUCUUGCUUUUAAAUGUUGUGUUGGGACUGGAUCUGUACGUGGCGGACAGUGUAGCGAAAAUUCAUCCAGACCAUCCCGGUAAAUGUUGGAUCGAAGAGACCCAAAUGAUCUACAAACCUGGCGAGACAUUCACUCCAAAGACGGGUUGCCGUAAAAUGUUAUGCACGUAUGAUGGGAAUCUUUUGAUUUUAGUGUACAGAAGAUGUCCCGCGAUCAGUAACCAAUCCAAUUGCAAAUAUGUUGUCAAGAAACCGGAUUUGGAAUAUCCAGCUUGUUGUCCCGAAAUUAUUUGCUAAUUUCCGGUGCUUCGUUUUUGGUUUUUGAAUAUGCUAAAUGGCGUGAAAAUAAAAGGAGGGCGAUUGGAAAUGGAG